GAGGUCGCCUGGUCGCAUAUCAGUAAAGGAAGCAAUGGAGGACACAUCUCUUCAGUGGCUGCUCUGUCUGACUGCAACGCUCUGCUGCAGAGCCACCCAAGCUCGUCUGACUGUGAGUCCCAGCAGCUCUCAGUUCUUCAGAUGGACGUACGUGUCUCUGAGCUGUGAGGAGGACGACAGCUCUGCUGGAUGGACACUGAGGAGGAACACGACCAGAGACACCAGGACUCAGUGUGAAGACUGGGGAAGACCAGCCGGUGCCUCCUGUAACAUCAGCUACAUCGUCCCCUGGGAUAGUGGUGUUUACUGGUGCCAGUCCACACAGGGAGCGACCAGUAACAGCAUCAACAUCACUGUCACUGGUGGAGCAGUGAUCCUGCAGAGUCCUGUCCUCCCUGUGAUGGAGGGACAUGAUGUCACUGUGCGCUGUGAAGCACGGAGCCCUCCCUCCAGCCUCCCAGCUGCUUUCUAUAAAGAUGGCUCCCUGAUCGGGGCGGAGCCUACAGGUCACAUGACCAUCCGCCGUGUUUCCAAGGCUGAUGAAGGCCUCUACACCUGUAACAUCAGUGGUCAUGGAGCGUCUCCACCCAGCUGGCUCUCUGUCACAGAGAGACCUCCAGCUACAGCCCCGCCCUCUGACUCCACCCCCCUCCAGCUUGUACCCAGACUGGUCCUCCACCUGGUGGUGUUCUGUCCAUACUUCAUCUCCACUCUCCUCAUGGUGUCUCUAUAUAGACACAGAGCCACAGGAGGUGACCUGACUGUAUCCAUGGCAACACCCACAGCUAACCGAGACGGGAAGGGACUGGCUGACGAGUACAAUGACAUCACUGAAGUCACCACAGAACAUCGCUUCUAAACAGGACGACAUAUAAAUGGAGUAACUGCUGUAAUACAAAUGUAAUGGGAUCAAACCAGUUAGCGUCACUUGGGUCGGCGCCUGAAUGCGAAUCCAGAUCAGCUUUCGGGAACUUUAUAACAUUAUUUUGGACAUUCGUAGUCUUCUACAUCUCUUUGUACUUGCCACAUCUUUAUGUACAUUUCACAUCUGUCUGCAGCCAGUUGUUGUCUCUUUGUAGUUGUCUUGUGUCUCCGUGUUUCAUCUCUCUGUGGUUGUUUCAUGUCUCUGCUGUCAUGUUCUGUCAUUUUGCAUAAUGUAGAGAUGAGAAUGAAAAGGUACCACACUGAGGGAAGAGCUCAUCAGCACAAGGCAUCAGUAAUUUAUUUGCUCUGCACCAUGAACCCCCUGCAGACUCCUCAGAGCCCAAGUCUUUAAAGGACCAGAUCACUGUAGUGAACCCAUCUGAGGCAGGUUCUCAGAC